UGACUGAGGCAUGAUGGGAGGUGUAGUCUCUUAGAGGAAGUGACUGAGGCAUGAUGGGAGGUGUAGUCUCAUAGAGGAGGUGACUGAGGCAUGAUGGGAGGUGUAGUCUCUUAGAGGAGGUGACUGAGGCAUGAUGGGAGGUGUAGUCUCUUAGAGGAAGUGACUGAGGCAUGAUGGGAGGUGUAGUCCCUUAGAAGAGGAAGUGGAUGUCUGGUAAGAAUCAUGAAGCCAGGAAGGAGAAGUCUCCCUCUUGUACAGGAAAAGGCUCCGCUGGAAGCUUUCCUCUGGAUGGUUGGGGUGUGACGGAGGUCUGUAUAGGAGGACCCGUGCCCUAGUUGCUUUUGGCCGCGCUCUCUCCAUCUUUGGGAAGCCAGGUUGGAUAAAUGAAUUCAAUUUCCCCAACGGCGGCUCAGUAUGGCAGUCCUGGAAGUAGACGUAAGACAGAGGUGCUCAGGAACCUGAGUGGUCACCAAGAACAGGCCAAGAUGGGCUACCAAGGAUCACCCCGAGAUGGAGAGACGGAUGAGGUGGACAAGUUAAAAAGCAAGCUGAUGAUGGCAUGGAACAAUGUUAAAUACGGGUGGACUGUGAAAAUGAAGACAACUUUCAGUAGAUCAUCUCCUCUGUACCUGCUGGGCAAACACUACAACUUCAGAAUGGAAGAUGACAUCGAGAAUUUCCAGAGGGAUUUUGUGUCCCGGAUUUGGCUGACGUACAGACGAGAUUUCCCUGCACUGGAGGGGACACAACUGACCACAGAUUGUGGUUGGGGCUGUAUGAUCAGGAGCGCCCAGAUGUUGCUGGCUCAGGCUCUCCUGGUGCAUCUUCUAAACAGAGAUUGGUACUGGCCAGAAGCCUUAAACGUGCACUUUGUAGACAUGGAUCCCAUUCGAUCGUCCUCUCCGUCCAACAUGAGUCUGUUCUCUACGGCAUCAUCGGCCUCCUGUCAGCCGAGUCAUAUACACUCCCCCUGGGAAUCCCUUCCACAUAGACGUCUUUUACAGCACCCUCACCAGGAGCAGAUCCACAAGGACAUCCUGCAAUGGCUGUCGGACUACCCUGAUGCCCCCUUUGGUCUGCACCACAUGGUGAAAUUGGGGGAGAGCUUCGGGAAGAAGGCUGGUGAUUGGUAUGGUCCCAGCAUUGUGGCUCACAUUUUAAGGAAAGCACUGGAGAACACGUCACACGUCCCUGAACUAUCUGUGUAUGUUUCCCAGGAUUGUACAGUGUACAAGAUGGAUGUGGAGCGGCUGAUGGAUCCUGGGGAUUCCCUCUCCGAGAAGAACCAUGGAGGGAGGGCGGUUAUCAUCCUUGUACCCGUUCGUCUUGGCGGAGAGCAUUUUAACCCAGUAUAUAAGCAGUGCAUUAAGGAGUUCCUGCAGAUGCCGUCCUGCCUGGGCAUUAUUGGUGGAAAACCAAAACAUUCGCUGUAUUUCAUUGGCUACCAAGAUAACCAUUUAUUGUACCUGGAUCCACAUUACUGCCAGAACUACAUCGAUUCCGGCAAAAAGGACUUCCCCUUAGAAAGUUUCCACUGCAACUCGCCUCGGAAAAUGUCCAUCUUGAAAAUGGAUCCCAGCUGCACAUUCGCUUUCUACGCUAGGAAUCGAGCGGACUUCGGAGCUCUGUGUGACCAUCUCUUAAAGGUAUUAAGUUCUCCAUCAGCAGAAGAGAAGUACCCCGUGUUUAGUAUCUCUGAUGGCCAGGCUCAGGAAUUUCAUGCCCCCGAGGGACUGGCACUCUCCUCUUUUGCCUUUGCUCGCCAGAAAAGGAGUGCAAUGACUAAGAGGCCAAGCUCAGAUGAGUUUGAGUUCCUAUAGACCACAAAGAAAGGUGCCUUCUCCGCUUACACAGUGCAACACUGGAAACAGAUCCAACCAAUGGUGUGAAGACCAGAGGGCAGCAAUUAAAGAGGAACAAUCCAUUUUAUGUGCGUCUGUCCGAAAAAAAUUGCUGUAACAUGGAUCUCUCAUCUCGUCAUUCAGUCACUUUCUGUUCUGAUACACUGGUACGCUAUGCUGUUACAUGGAGGGCUCUACUCUGUUCUACAACCACUCCUUAGAAGUCCGAAAUUCAAGAAUCAUCCUUUACUACAACCCUCAGCUCCUUAGGUGGCCAGAAACUCCAGAGCUAUCCUAUUCUACAACCCUUGGCUCUUCAGGUGGCCCAGAGCUCAAGGGUUAUCCUUUUUUCUACAACCCACAGCUUUGAAGGUAGCCUGAAGCUCAAGUGUUACUCUGUUUCACAAUCAUCAGCUCCUCAGGUGUCCAAGAGCUCAAGGAUUACCAUGUUCUCCAACCUUCAAGUCCUUAGGUGGAUCAGAGCUUGAGGGUUAUCCUUUUCUACAACUCUCAGCUCCUUAGGUGGCCCAAAGCUUAAGGAUUACCUUGAGCGACAACCUUUAGGAGGCCCAAAAUGUAAAGAGGAAAUUGAUCUACAACCCUUAGGUUCUUAGGUGGCCCAAAACCUAAGGAUUACCUCGGUCGACAACCCUUAGGUGGCCCAAAAUGUAAGGAUUACCUUGAUCUACAACCCUUGGGUUCUUAGGUGGCCCAAAACCUAAGGUUUACCUCGGUCGACAACCCUUAGGUGGCCCAAAAUGUAAGGAUUACCUUGAUCUACAACCCUUAGGUUCUUAGGUGGCCCAAAACCUAAGGAUUACCUCGGUCGACAACCCGUAGGUUCUUAGGUGAUCCAAAACUUAAGGAUUAUUUUGAUCUACAACCCUUAGGUGGCCCAAAAUGUUAGGAUUACCCUGAUCCACAACCCUCCGUUUCUUAAGUGGCUCAGAGCUUAAGGGUCAGGAUCUCAGCCUGCAACGACUCCAAAACUGCUUUUCAUACCAGGGUUUUUUUUGGGUAUUGAUAGACCUUUUGCCUGCUCUGAUGGGACCCCAUGUGUCUCAGAGUCUAGCUUGUCCCUUAAGCUAUUAUGGACCUGGCCAUCUGUUUUGUUUGUGGAAUUCCUAUUGCUGUUUUGAAGAAGAACUACAUCUCAUCUUGAGAACUUUUCUUUUUCAUGAAACGCCCCUUUUUUUGCAGCUGAAGGCUGUAUACAUACAGAGAAUCUCCAUGCUGCUUUUCCCGCCAAAAGGUGCAACGACAACACAAGUGCAUACUGUACACUGACAUUCAGGCCUCCGUGCAGAUAAAUUGAUCUUGGCAGCUAUAAGUUAUGUAUUUUAAUGGGUUCCCCCACCCCCUCUUCCCUUUCUUUCGUUUUUAAUUGGGUGUGUGUUGGGUACAGCUGCUGAGGAUACCCCCCCCUCACAGUUUUUAAGGUAAAAACUAAAAAAAAAAAGAAAAUAAAAAAAAUAGCAACUUUUACUACCGUAGUACAGAACGCAAAAGCCAUGCUGUAUUACUUUCCUUACAUGUGUUUUUAUAUUUUUUAAUGUUGAAUUCUAUUCAAACUUGUUUCUUAAGCUGACCAUACACUGGUAGAUUUUCUUUUAGUUCAGCCUGACAUCCUUCGUAUGAUGUCAAGUAGGAGGGGGCCAACAGAGCCACCCACAAAGAGAAUUUUGUCUGGUUAAUCAGGAAGCCGCCCAAAUUUGCUCAAUGUAUGUCCAGUAUUAAACAAAAAAAAUUUAAGGGACAAGAGGUAACAAGCCUAGGGACUUUUGAGGUGUUGGAUAUAGGGAUAGAA